GCCUGAUGCUUGGUGUGGACGUUCCAAGUGCCUUGAUCCCCUGCGUCCAUGGCUAUCAGACGGGUAAUCCCACUGUGUUGCUGAGUCGCAUUCCUGCAGGAGUAUGUGUGGAGGUCUCCUUUGAUCUCCGGUUGCAGCGGGGAAGAAGGAUGGAAUGAGGAGGGGAGUGAAGGCCAUCUGGAGGAUUGCGGGAGAGUCUUUUUUGGGCUGGAGCUGUUGAAACUUUGAUGAUUAACCGGACGCCUGAAUAAUAUCUUUACAGAAACCGUAAAGAGAUGGACCAGUACCGCAACUUUAUUUCCGAUGAGGAACCAUGUACCAUAACCAUAGUACAGCUCACCGAUUCCACUGUGUCUAUUGAAAGUAAUUACGACAUUGUAGGUUGCUUUGAAGAGGACUACAUAGAUGGUGAAAUAGUAAAUCUACAGUCACUAUUUGAAGAUAAUUUGGAAAUUAAUAUUGAAGACGGGAAAGAACCAGACAAUAACGCAUGUGAAGAAAUAAGCGGAGAUGUUUCCCUAAAUUCCAAUAAUAACGAAAUUCAGAUGGACGAGUUAUUGCAAGAGCUAAGAUCAAAAUUUGGACUAUAUUCCGGGGAAGAGGAAUGUUUCCCCAGUAAUCCGCUAAUGAAUGAGAAUUUAGGUUAUGAAGAUUUCUUACCAUUAUGUUCAGAGAGCCGAAUUGGCAGAGUCGACUGGUGUACAUGUGAAAAUUGUGUGACAAUGCCCACCAACCUUGAAUCGAUAUGUUGCAAAGAAGUUGAAAAUGCAACUCCGUACAUCUGUAGUUUCCAAUGUAUCACACAGCAUGAAUUUUUUUCUAUUUUUUGUCAAAGAGAAGACACAGUCAACGUAGUUUUACGAAUUGUGGGACAGUUACAAAGACCACCUCCCAAAAAACAAGAAAAUCGGCACCAUCGUAAAAUUGCCUACAGAUCUUUCACAGCCUGGGUUCAUGGAUACCUAGGCAUUGGUAAUCGCAGACCUAUACCUUCUUGUGUAGUUAAUAAAGUGCGUACUUGUUUUCCUGACCCUGAUAGUGAAUAUACUGGAUUCAAGGAAUGCAACGAUCACCCCGCUGAAUUUAUGGCAUUCGAGUAA